CUUUCUACCACUAGGUCCACUCCUGCUUGGGAAUAUAAGUAGUUGGAGAACUUCAUUCAUACUGUCCAGUUCUUGAUUGGACUUGACUUCUGCAUCCGAGUCAGAAGCCACUCUCACUCUCUUCGACAUAUCCACCUCCAGCAUUUGAAUACUAGCCGACUCCUUACUCGAGAUGACCUCCAAGAAAGAAAAGCCGUUGCACUCCCUCUUCGCAGGUGCGACCGCCGGUGCCGUCGAAGCGUUCGUGACCUACCCCACCGAGUUCGUCAAAACGCGCACUCAGUUCGGAGGAAAGCGUGAAUCCCCAAUCGCCAUCGUCCGCGAGACCGUGAAGAAACACGGCGUGACAGGUCUCUAUUCUGGCUGUACGGCACUCGUGAUCGGGAAUGCGACGAAGGCUGGAGUUCGAUUUGUUAGUUAUGAUCAUUUCAAGAGUCUGUUGGCGGAUGAGCAGGGUAAAAUCAGUGCGCCGAGGAGUUUGUUGGCUGGACUCGGUGCAGGAAUGACAGAGGCCGUACUUGCCGUGACGCCCUCUGAGACCAUCAAAACAAAACUCAUCGACGACGCUAAACGGCCACAACCACAAUACCGCGGCCUCGUGCACGGGACGAUGUCCAUCGUUCGACAAGAAGGCAUCCGUGGGAUUUAUCGCGGUCUUUUCCCCGUCAUGAUGCGCCAAGGCGCGAACUCCGCCAUCCGGUUCACGACCUACGCCACACUGAAACAGUUCGUCCAGAGCAGGACGAGGGCGGGGCAGCAGUUGCCUUCGGGCGUUACGUUCGGGAUCGGGGCGAUUGCGGGCUUGGUGACCGUUUAUACGACUAUGCCGUUGGAUGUGAUCAAAACGCGAAUGCAAUCCCUCGAGGCGCGCACACAAUACCGUAACUCGUUCCAUUGCGCGUAUAGGAUCUUCACGGAGGAAGGUGUACGGAGAUUUUGGACGGGCACGACGCCGAGGUUGGCGAGGCUUAUCAUGAGCGGAGGGAUAGUGUUUACGAUAUAUGAGAAGGUGAUAAUGUUGAUUGGAGGGAGGGAGGUGUAAAUAUAUGUAUUUGGCCGUCUUCGCUGCCCCGAAUGGGAUUGUGUAUCCG